AUGAAUGCCACUCGAAACAUGGAGAGGUUGGGAUGCACCAAUGCUCUCUGGCACAGCAACAUCUGUGCACAAGAUCCAAACAGAACUUCAUUUAAUAUGACUCACGGAAAUCUCCAGCUCCCUACCUUUUCUCCCGCUGCCAAAGCACGUGUGAUCAUCACAUUCGUUAUUUUUAUUUUGUCUGCCUUCUGCAAUCUAGCUGCUCUCUGGGCAGCUGCCCGUACAAGUCGGAAGAAAAGGUCUCAUGUGCGAAUUCUAAUCCUAAACCUUACGGCAGCAGAUCUCCUUGUGACCUUCAUUGUGAUGCCGUUGGAUGCCAUCUGGAAUAUUACCGUGCAAUGGCAAGCCGGAGAUUUAGCCUGUAGAAUCCUCAUGUUUCUGAAGCUUCUAUCAAUGUACUCCUGCGCGUUUGUCACCGUUGUUAUCAGUGUGGAUCGCCAGUCUGCCAUCCUAAACCCACUUGCCAUCAAUGAUGCCAAGAAGAAGAACAAGAUAAUGCUAUUAGCGGCAUGGCUGAUGAGUGCUCUGCUAUCAGUACCACAGGUACAUAGAAUAUUUAAAGGAGCACUAUUAUCAUUUCAUCUCAGUGGUGUCCAUGGCACUGUCCCUACAAUCAUUGUUAAAACAGUUUCGAGUAGUUUAACAUUGUAUAAGGAUCCCGGCCACCCAGAGCCCGGUCCCUGCUGGAGGUAUGUCUAAGGCAGAGAUUACACGCUUCCUUCUAGCCAUAUCAAUUCAUAUUAACAAUGGGCACUGUGUUAGGCUGAAAGCCAUCAAGUGAUACUCACAGCCAAGCCCAGCCACCCAUUGUUGGUUAAACUUAUGCUUCUUCAGUAGCCCGAGCAGUAGAGAUAACAUGCACUUUUCGCAGGAAAACAAUACACAUACAAAGUUCAGAAAAAUACCUUAAUACCUUAUUCUGGUUGCUGAAGUACUUUAUGUAUCUGUUGUCUGUUUUUUGUGACAGUUUAUAAAAGUGCGGAUUUUAAUAUAAAUUAUCCUUUUAUCAUUUGAGCAGAAACACCUGUAGACAUCCAGGGAGGUGUUCAUCUGCUUUUGCUAGUUCCUCACCCUCAUGAGGUGGUACAGGGCUAGCGCACACCUGCCUUUCCCUCUACAUUCUCACUGUUCAAUUUAGGAGUUAAUUCUCUUUGUUUAUGCAACUCUAGACACGCCUCCACUGGCUGACACUCACAUAGCCUCUCUAUACACUUCCUGAACAAAAGAACUCACAUUUUUAAACUACCCUCAUUGGAUUUUGUUUUCAGGUAAAAGUUUCUUAUUGCCUGCAAGAGCUGAAAAAACAGCCUUGUUAGUGUGAUUAGAGUUCAAAUAUUAGUGCACAAGAUUAGAAAUUCUAAAGUAAACACACUAAAUGUGAAUUCAAAAUGGAGGUGUGGCUACAUAAACAAAAGCGAUUUAACAGCUAAAUACCAGAGAGGUGAAUAGUGAGACUACAGAGCCAUGAUUUACACACCAAAACUGCUUCAUUAAGCUUAAGUUAUUUUGGUGUUUAGUCUCUUUAAUGCUACCACUCACACAAGGAAAAUAUCCUGUUUUCAUUAAUUUAGAGGAGUGCUUUGUAAAAAUGUUCACAUAUCUUGCCUUAAGUGAUACUAGAGUCAACCAGACCCAUGCAUCCAAUUGAAUUGGUGCAGUGUCUCUAUCCCCUUAACCCUGCAAUGUAAAACAUUGCAAUUUCAGAGAAACAGCAGUGUUUUCAUUGCAGGGUUAACACUGCCUCUAGUGACUGUCAAUAUAACUCCAUGAAAUUAUGCUGGAUGUCCUCACGCUUUGCAUGAGGACGUCCAGCACCUUCUAAAUCCCCAUAGGAACGCAUUGAUUCAAUGCCUCCUAAAGGGAAGGCCUAAUGCGCAUGGUGUUCUUAGUGUAGUUGUAUAAUUAUAAAGACCUUAGAAUCCAGGAUUCAGGAUCAUCCAUUAUUAUUCUCUCUGAUUUACGGCCUUGUUUCUCAACCAGUGGUACGCUUACCCCUGUGGGCAUGCACACCAAAGGCAGAGGGUACGCCAAGAGCUGGCCAGCUGGCCACUUUAGCACCCCUCAAGAGACAGCAAGCUGUACGCUAAAGCAGAAUAGACACCUGUUUACCCGGAGAGCAAGUGCCUACGUUGCCCAAAUACAUAGUUAGGCUGCAUUGGGGGAGUAAGGGGGAAAGGGGCUGUACUAGGGAGAUGGGGGAAGAGGGUGGGGAGUAGGGGGAAAGGGGCUGUACUAGGGGAGAUGGGGGGGAAGAGGGCUGCAUUGGGGGAGUAGGGGGGAAAGGGGCUGUACUAGGGGAGAUGGGGGGGAAGAGGGCUGCAUUGGGGGAGUAGGGGGGAAAGGGGCUGUUGUGUCAAAUGAGUGAGUGCAUCUGUCAGUGAUUGAGUGUCUGUCAAUUAAUGUGUGUGUGUGUCAAAUCAUAGUUACAUAGUUACAUAGCUGAAAAGAGACUUGCGUCCAUCAAGUUCAGCCUACCUAAUCAGUGAGAGUGUGUUUGUUGGUGAGUGCGUGUCAGUGCCCACUGUGUGUAUCUGUCAGUGACUGUGUGUGUCUGUCAAUGAAUGUGUGUGUGUCAGUAUGUGUCAAAUCAGUGAGAAUGUUUCUGUCAGUGAGUGUGUCCUUUGUGUUUAAGUGUGUGUGUGUGCAGGGACGUAUUAGCUGCGAGGCAAACAAGGCAUUUGCCUUGGGCGGCAUUUUCCAUGGGGCGGCAAAAAAAGCCGCCCCCAAAUGCCCAGGGCAAAUGUCUUGUUAGCCUUGCGGCUAACUGACAGGUUGGGCUGGGCGGGCGGCGCUGGGCGGGCGGCGCUGGGCGGGCGGCGCUGUGCGGGCGGCUGGCGAGGGAGCUCUUCCUCUGAGCUGUCUACUCAGCUCCCUCGCGCGCCACACUAGUGAGUGUCUGUUAGUGAGUGUGUGUUUGCCUGUGAGUGUGUGUGUCUGUCUGCUAGUGAGUGAGUGUGUGUCUGACUGUGUGUGUCUGACUGUGUGUCUGUUAGUGUGUGUUUGCCUGUGAGUGUGUGUGUGUUUGUCUGUUAGUGAGUGUGAGUGUCUGUUAGUGUGUGUGUGUUUCUGUUAGCUAGUGUAUGCAUAUCUGUCAGCGAAUGUGUGUGUGUGUAUUUAGAAGGCAGGGCGGGGGGAAGGGUUGGGUUGGGGUGGCCCGGGGUGGCGCGGGGGGGGGGAGGGGGGGGCGUCUGGGUUUUGUCCUGCCUAGGGCAGCACAAAACCAGGAUACACCACAUUGUGUGUGUGUGUGUGUCAGUUUUCUCAGUGAAUAAAUAUGUGUGUCAGUCAGUUUCCUCUGCAUGUAACUAUUAUAUUUUCAUUUUGUGACUCUUAUAGAUCAGAUUAAUAAUUCAUACACUCCUCCUUUCAUAUACAAUAUUCACAUUGUGUCAUAUAUAUUUUAAAAAUAUUCUUUUCCACCUAUAAUCAGGCUUGUUCUUCAAUAUUGGAUUAACUUAAAUAUCAGUGUUAAUACAUUUCAUUUGGAAUUGAAAUCAAUACAAAUUACUUCCUCGAGACAGGGGUACUUUUCUCGAGGAUCAAAACAAUCCGUUUUCCUGGCACUGCAGGUCCCCUCUUCCUCCCAUCCCCCAAUCCCCGGUAACUUACCAGAGGCAGCGACGAUGUCCCACGUCGCUGCUUCUUCCUCCGUCGCCGCUCCUCCCAGUGAUUACGUCGGCCGUGCAUGCGCAUUAGAGCUCCCCAUAGGAAAGCAUUGAGGACGUCCAGCAACGCUCUAGCACAGGUUUCCUGUGCUAGGGACAUGGAAGUGCCCUCUAGUGGCUGUGUAGUAGACAGCCACUAGAGGAGGAGUUAACCCUGCAAGGUAAUUAUUACAGUUUAUAAAAAACUGCAAUAAUUACACUUGCAGGGUUAAGAGUAGUGGGAGUUGGCACCCAGACCACUCCAAUGGGCAGAAGUGGUCUGGGUGCCUGGAGUGUCCCUUUAAACAUGCAAUAUAAACAUUGCAUUUUCUCACAGGGACAGAGACUGCGCACCCAUACCUCUUCAAUAAGGUGAAAUGGUCUGGGUGCCUAUAGUGUCCCUUUUAAUAUGUAUGUGUGCAUUGCUACUACGUAAGAAAAAUUGACAUUCCUCUUUAAUUGAAAAAAACGUUAGAAACCCGUUUUGACAGAUUAUGAGUUAAUAGAUAUAGUAUAUUAUGUUUCACUUUGUUACCUUUACCUCAGAGGUAUUCAAAUGGUUAGAACUUAUUCUACUUCAUUAAUAAGGGAUUACUAAUUAAUUACAAUUAAACCGUGGUCCACAAGAUCACCAUUAAUUGGAAUACUUUUGUUUUUUUAUCAGGCAACUCUAUUCAACUAAUGUGCAAUAGCUUCAUCUCUCAUUGUCAAAAACCUUGAAUUACCACUUAGCUGAAAUCACCAUUUACAUAUUUUUUUAACCCUUGUCUUCAUCACCCCAUUUUUACUUUCAGUGGAUAUAAAUUGAAUUCACAUUUAUUAUUUUAACUCAUCUGGAUAAAAUAUAUCCUUCCUCAUCCAUUUACCUGGAAACUCAAAGUCAGUGAUUAUUGUCUGCCAUAAUAAAACCACCAUGCCCACAACUGAUGUCAGUAACUUCAUUGCUCCAUUUCCCAAACAAUGAAUCUGAACACAAAAUACUUUUGUUUCCGGUAAUGGGUUUCUAAGCUAUUUAUGGAUUUGCUUGAGCAGUGAACACAAUACAUUGCCUGCAUCUGCUGAAUUAGGAAUAGAUUCUACUCCUUCCUGUUCUUCCUGUUUGGGUUUGCACUCUGAAUUUGAAUCUGAAAGGUCCAACUUUUUUUUUUUUUUUUUUUUUAAAGGUUUAUAAAUGCACAUAUAAUCACUGGACAGCAUGCUCAUAUGUGCUAAAUUGAGAACUAACUUACUUCAACUUAUAAAAAAACAGGGGCUGAAACGGCUAAGAUUUGUAUUUACUUCAGUUCCUGCCAUUAAGGCUUUCAUUUUAUAAGUCAGCUGCUAGGAUUUAUGGGAUAUGAGCAGUACCUCCUUUAAAAACACUGGUAGUGGAGGGUCUCCCAGAAGGCAUGUUGUGCAUUAAGGGGUCAUCUCCUAAGCGAUUGUAGCCAUAGCGGCUACUUUGUUGCCUGUAAUGAGGAGGGGUCUCUUCUUACCUUAUGAGAGGCCUCCAUCUUAUGGGUUGUCUCUGUCUCCUGCACAUUUCCCACCAUUUUCUUACCAUUUUUAGUUCCUUGGGAGUAGUGACUGUAGUAUUGAGUUACUCCUCUCCCUUUCUUAUUAGCAGCCCAAUGUGGGGCCAGUUUAAUCGAGAUAACGCAUAACUUGUAACGUCAUCCUUGGUUGCAGUCGAUUUUUUUUUUUUUACGUGCAGGCAGUACCAUGCUUUGAUGAGUGGGAGCGUCUUUCCAUUUCCAGUCCCAUGAGAGGGUGUGGCUUUGGGCAGGGAUAGACAGACUUCAGCAGUCCAGACAUUAUAACUAUAUCUCCCAGAAUGCUCUUACAUUUGAUUGCUGGUAAAGCAUCAGGGGAGAUGUAGUCCACAAUAUAUGGAGUGCCAAAGGUUGCCUAUCCCUGUUCUAGUGUGCGUAUUCAAAGAUGGAGGAUGGGAGUCACAGCAGAUUUAAUGUUUGCUGCUUCCUCUUCAGGAGGGGGGCAUGUCGGGGUGCCUGGGAGAAUGGUUUGGGUCCGUGAUCUCCCCUAUUGUUCAGUAUGUUUUCACUUGAGCCAAAGAAAAAGGUGUUCUGAUGUGUUCUCCUGCAGGACUAGGUCGUGGGUACAUUCUCUUGUGGUCUCAUGUAGGCAUAUUGUUAGGACCUCAGUACCUCAAUCUUAGUAGUAGUUAUCAUUCUUUAUUAUUGUUAUUUAUUCAUGUUGGUUACAAAGCAGUUGAUGUCAUCAUUAAAAGCAACUGGUGACAUUGUUUUCUUCCAAUCUGUUGUAUGUGUCUUAUUGAUGCAUGCCUGCUGGGAAGGGGCAUUGGGUAUCUUUUUAUUUUGAAUGAUUUUAUAAUAAUUAUAUUAAAACAUAGUAAUGCAUCAUAAAUGUUAUUUCCUUCUCUUUACCUUCACAAAUAAAUAAAAAUCAUGGGACACUCCAGGGUGUAACUAACCCAUUCAUUCCCAACGCAUUUUGUUGAUGCAUACAUGGGAAAACAAUGAAUUCACAUAAAGAAUAAAAAAGAUACGUUUUUAUUUUUUGCAAAUCUCAAUGUAUCUUUCCUGGUAAAAUAUUUUAUAAAUAAUAAAUAUUUUAUAAAUAAUAUGCACAUGUAGAGGAAAACAGACACAGUGGAAAUAUUUGCCAAAUUAUUUUAGCCAAAAUAUGAAUAACUCUGUGUAAUUGCAAGUACAAAAUAUUACAGUAGUAAAACAUAGGUAAAAAUUGUAGCAUUGUUAUAGUAAUUGUAUAAUGUAGUAAUAAAGGAGAAAUAAAUCCGGUGGAGUAUCUACCAAAUUCCAGUCUGUACCAUGAGAGGUAGAAAUGAAGUGGCAUUGUUUCAGUUGGUUGGACAUGUACAUCAAUAUUACUUAAGCAAAUAGAAAAAACAGCAGAAGAUUAAAGAACCACUAUAGGCACCAGACUACUUCAGCUCAAUGAAGUGGUCUGGGUGCCAGGUCCCUCUAGUUUUAACACUGCAGCUGAAAACAUAGUUUUAGAGAAACUGCUAUGUUUCACUGAGGGUUAAUCCAGCCUCUAGUGGCUGUCUCCCUAACAACCGCUAGAGCAGCUUCUGCGAUUCUCACUGUGAAAAUCACAGUGAGAAGACGCUGGACGCUGGACGUCCAUAGAAAAGCAUUGAGUAAUGAGCUGUUUGAAUGCGCAUUCUAAGCUGACGUCUGCAGGGGGAGGAGAGAUCACCAGUGUCGAGGGAGCCCGGCGCUGGAGAAAGGUAAGUGGUUUAAGGUUUUUUUUCCUAGUUUGUUUUAAAAUUGGAAGUGCUUCAGACUGGGCUUUUUGCCUUCUUUUGGAUCAACAGCAAAAACAUAUGUGAGGAAGGCUGAACUUGAUGGACGCAAGUCUCUUUUUAGCUAUGUUACUAUGUAACCACGAUAAAAAGUAUGAAUAAAAUGCAUCAUCAUCCCACAAUGUCAUGGGUUAAAUAAAAUAUGAAGGUGAGAUAUUCCCUGGUCUUAUAUAGAGGCAUGCUGUGUUUAAUACCUUGCGUAUGUUCUCUGCAAAAUCUUUCAAACUGUUGCAUGAGUCUCGCAAGUUUUGUUUCAGAUGUUUGCACGUUGUGAUAAUGUACAAGUUGCACUGUGUGUGCUUUUUGCUGCUAUGCAACAUAGGUUCUCUGCAUACUUUUUCUCCGGUUUGAUGAUAGAAUCUACUUAAAAUGCUAUAUACACAAAAGAAGAAACUUCAGUAUUUAGUGGAAAAUGAUGCAACAUACUGCUUUAGGGUUGCCAUUUUGCGAAUUAGUUUCCCAGAUAAUCGCUUUUUUUUAAUACUCUUUAAAUAUUGCAAAACAUUUUUGCUGUGUGGGAUAGAUUAUAUAACUAGGGAAAAUUAAAGCAAGGUGUUUGAAAGUGUGUAUUUUAAUAAUACAAUUCCUUUUGUUUAAUAUACUACAAUUUUGAUUUUUUUUUGCAAACUUACAUUUUUAUUUUCUGACCAUGUAGGACUGGUGGUGUUGUUUUCUUCUUUAAUAUUUAUAAGGAUGUGCAACUUACAAAAUAAAAUUAAUACAUGAAUACAAAAUUCAUGGUUUAGAUUAUAGACCUAAAUACCUCCUUCUCGUUUGUCAAUAAAGUUGCGCUCAGCCCUCUACGUGGAAUAUUGGUGAUAAGUGUCAAGUGUAAUAGAAGGUUCUGUACUUAGGCCUGAGGCUAUAGUCCAGACAGGGUUUAAUGCAGGGGUGGGCAAUCUGCGGCCCUCCAGAUGUUUUGGACUACAUCUCCCUUGAUGCUUUGCUAGCAUUAUGGCCCUAAGAGCAUUAUGGGAGAUGUAGUCCAAAACAUCUGAAGGGCCGACGAUUGCCCACCCCUGAUUUAAUGUGAUAUGAAGCAUUUAAUCAAACCAUUAAAACCAUAUUACCGCUCAAUAUGUUACAAAUUACCCGGAAAACCCGUUUGUUGUCUUGCUUAAAAUUAUAUUUUUUAAAAAUGUGUUCAAAUGUAAAUUUUUUUUAUUUUUUUUUACAUGUGUAACAGAGGUGCUCAUCCAGUUAUAAUUUGACACAUUUAUAGCAUUAGGAUCAUCAUUUCUCUUACCUUUCAAUGUCCAAACCCUAGAGAAAAAUAAUUAUUUCAUUGUGUCAAUUUGUACCCUACUUAUAUUUUUGACAGGUCUGAUUAAUUGUUGCCUAUAGCCAUGUGACAUGCAGAGAGCGCAGUGGUUGGCUCAAUUUCUGCAUCAGAAAAUACUUCUCAACCCCUUUUGCUACCAAUUAUUUAAACAAAAAAUAAAAUGGCAUUUAUUUGAAACAUGUAUUGCUUUUCUGACAUAGACAGGUAAGAUAAAAGAGCACAUUCUUCCUUUACAGAAAUAUUUGGAAUACACAUUUUAGAGAUACUGUGGUACACCUUACAUUGCAAAUUUUUAAACAGCAGCUGAUUUAUUUCUUUUUACAAUCUUUAUUUAGUCCUAUUAGAUACACAUCAUAACAAAAUGAAAUGACAAAAAAAAAGAAAAAAAUACAAUAUCGUACAGGGUCUACUUGUACAAACUAAGGCUGACUUCAAUUGUAAAUCACUAUAAAACUGCAGGAGACUGUACUUGAUGAAACAUACAGAUUAAAAAUCGACCAGUGCAUUAUCCUGUGCCAAGAAUUUUGUUUAGGGAUGAAAAGAAGAAAACUUUAAAAGAAGAGGUGCUGCAAUAUUAGCAUGGAAGCGGAAACAUCAUUUUUUCACAUUACACCAACAUCUGUAUUAUAUAGGUUCUUAUAAGCUGUAAUUGCAUCCUGCAAAAAUAAACCAGUUGACUGCACUGUAUGUAUUCUCCUGAGUGACCUCCAUGGCUCCAUCAUUUUCCUCCUGUGUUGCUAGAAUGCAACAUUGAGAUUGACCAACAAAAGGUUGCUGUAAAUGUACCUUUACAAAGGUGCAGAUCAGUGGUAUAAGCAGUAGGAGGCUUUAGCAGGGCUUUAUGUCCUCGAGAUUUUAGUAUUUUUUUAUUAUAUGGAUACUGAUUGUCAGCAUAAUUUUGUAAAUGUAAUGGUUGCAGCGUAGCUCAGAGCUGAAUGACAGCACAGUUCGAGUAUCCAGGAACAAAUUGAUGUAUAUAGGCAUUAGGCAUUAUGUUUGGGAAGUAAUUGUGGAAGCUUUACGUUGAAUGAAUGGUACUUUAUGUAGAAUACUGCUCUGCCAUGAAACCCCACGGCAUAUUGUGUCAGUCUUCCCAGGCAGUAAACAAGUUCCAUACAUGCGGAAAAUAAAAUUCAAUGUAGAAAUCAAAACCUUUUCAUCCUGUAACUGAACAACAUCCGUCUUCUAGGGUUCCUGUCGGUCAUUGCUAUAAACGAUGUCCUUUACACCUGGCAGUUAGCACAGAGAAUGUAUGUGAAGAAGAAGACCAAUUAAACGAGCACUAUAGAGUCAGGAACACAAACAUGUAUUCCUGACCCUAUAUGGUUAAAACCACCAUCUAGACCCCCUGGUCCCCUCAUGCCUCCCUAAAUAUAGUAAAAUCUUACUUGUAUGCAAGUCUGCAGCUGCUUAGAUUGUCCCUGUUUCCUUUAGACCUGCCCACUGCCUGCUGACAUCAGCAGAAGUGGUAGCCUGAUCCAAUCACAAUGCUUUCCUAUAGGAUUGGCUGAGACUGACAAAGAGGCAGAUCAGGGGCAGAGCCAGCACAAUUCAAACACAGCCCUGACCAAUCAGCAUCUCCUCAUAGAGAUGAAUUGAAUCAAUGAAUCUCUAUGAGGAAAGUUCAGUGUCUGCAUGCAGAGGGAGGAGACACUGAAUGUUUGGAUGCAUUUUAGGCAGCCAUGACCCAGGAAGGAUCUCUAACAGCUAUCUGAGGAGUGGCCAGUGAAGUUCUCACUAGGCUGUAAUGUAAACACUGCAUUUUCUCUGAAAAGACAGUGUUUACAGCAAAAAGCCUAAAGGAUAAGCUGUAGUUGUUCUGGUGACUAUAGUGUCCCUUUAAAUUAUGUUUCUAUUUCUUCUUCACAUUUGCAAUGCCUGCUCUGGCUGUGCAAGGAUAGCAAUGGACUGUGAUGUCAGGUGCUAAAUAUUUAAUAAAGAUUUAAUAGAAAAUGGCAAAUUAGCAUCUCAUCCUACAAAGGUUAACGUAAGCUAUAGGUGAUUUAAAGGUGUUACUCAGGGUGUAAUUUCCAGAGUAAAAGUGAUGAUUCCCCUUUAAAUGGUCACGUCUGACUGACUCCCCUUAUUAUCCCAUUGUGCAACGCUGCGGAAUCUGCUGGCACCAUGUAAAUAAUAAUAAUAAUAAUAAUAAUAUUGUCACCUCCUGCAAUCCAUAAAAGAUAAUCUAUUAGAAUAAUACUCAAAUAACUUUAGAUAACAAGGAGGGCAUUGCAGCAAUUAUGUACCAUGUGCAGAGAGCUGUAAAUGGCUGUGAAUGUUCCGUCAGUCCUCAUUUUUACAUGGAAAUGCUAUGCACUCCAUAAGUCUUUCUGUGGCAGGAAUUAGUGCGAUAUGUGGUUCAAUGGACCAUGUAGUUUUAUUCAUGAAUAUAUUUCAUUCUUCAACUUGGCCCUGUCCCACCAAAACAAACAAAAAUAAGAUAGAAUCUCAAAAAGCAAAACUGUGUAAAUCCCCAAUUAUACAAUCAUGUAGCAUGCAUCGCACAUAUUGGGGACAUAUCUGCAGGACAAGGGAGAACAAACCUGGGACAGAGAAACAGGAAGCCAAAUUCAGGCCUGUCUGCUAACUGCUGAGGUUUUACAGUAUAAUUGUCUCUACAGUGGUUGCUCCUUAUUAGCACUUUUAGCCAAUUUGCCUUGAUUAAUUUACUACUGCUACAUUUGUUGUGUUUUUCAUCCCUGAUAACUUCUAUCCUAUAGAUCAGGGGUGCCCAAAAGGUAGAUCCCCAGACGUUGUGAAACUACAACCCCCAUGAUGCUUUGCAUGUCUUUAGAAUGCUUUAGAAUGGCAAAGCAUCAUGGAAGUUGUAGUUGCAAAACAUCAGAUUCCCCCUGGAAGAAUAGGGAAUGGGGAACAUGACUGCUGCCCAGGAUGGUGGGCAGGGUCAAGGAAGAUACAAUGUUUCUAAGAGUGGGGGUUUCUUGGAGGGGGAGGAGACUUACCAGUUGGCAGGAUCAGUUGAGGGCUCCUGACUGUUUUCCCACCCUCCCUCCCUAUUUCUGGUGUUGUGGCUUGUGUCUCGUGUUGUGUUUUGUGUUGUCACAGCUUGGCGGUUUCCCUGGACAGCGCAGAGGAAGAAAGGAACAUUGGGGAGACGACAGCCGGCACGGAGCUGAUGGCGAGGAGCUGGCUGUCGAGGCUCAUGGUGCAAAAUGCGUGUGAGAACUGCCUGUUGGGCAAACACCCAACAGCUGGCAGAGUUGGACUGAUUUAAACUGUUAAUUUAAAUAAAGCUGUGGCCGUUGCCCUUAUCCACUAGAACGAUGUGUCCUGAGUGUUAUUGGGGGGCAACGGGUGGUUGUUGGUGGAUUGGUUGGGUCAGCAGUCAUGUGGAUCUAACUUUUGGACACCCCUUCUAUAGAUCCAAAGCAGGAGGUCCUAGUCUCCUAGAUGUACUUCAAACAUUACAAUAUGGCUAUCUUAGUAUAUAUAUAUACACACACACACAAACAAUAUCUGUGUCUAAUAAUAUCUUAAAAUAAAAUAAUUCAAAGUAAUCCCAUUCAAUAAAUAUAUAUAUAUAUAUAUAUAUAUAUAUAUAUAUAUAUAUAAUUUGUAUGGGUUUAUUUUGCAUUCUUUUAUUUUAAGAUAUUAUUGGACACAGAUUUUGCUUUGUGUCCAUGGAACAGAAUUGUUUGACAAUGAAUAGCAUUAUAUAACAAUAAUUAUUUCCAUCAUGUAUCCAGUCAGAUUUCUAUAACACGUAAUUGAAUUUUAAAAAGUAUCAUCCGUGUUGUUUUCUUUUAUUUCCCUUUUCUCUAGCUUUUCCUAUUCCACACGGUCACCAUUACUGAACCACAACAUUUCACUCAAUGUACUACCAGGGGGAACUUCCGAGAACAUUGGCAAGAAACGGUGUACAAUAUGGUGAGCUUCGUCUGUCUGUUCCUUCUCCCACUGCUGAUCAUGAUCUCCUGUUAUUCAAGGAUCCUGCUUGAAAUCUCUAGACGGAUGAGCAAAGGAACAAGUAAGUACUCUCAAGAUUUACUGUUAUUCCGUUAUCUUACAUUAUUUGCUCUGUUUAAAUAUGCCAUGUGUUCAACUGUAUGGCCCAGCUGUUAAAUGAAACACUUUGGAUCUCUUUUAGUGAAUUCAUCAUCAGUUGGCUUUCUAAUUAUAAUGGUUUCCUUAGAGAUGUGUGGACCAAAGCCAUUAUUACACCUGUAUAGUGCAUUGUUUAUUCCUCAAGUCAUUAUCCCUUUAUAACGCAGUUUUUAUUCGCAGAAGGACAAGUAUCAAAAGUCUUCAUUGUUAUGAAAAGAACGUUGAAUUAGAUUUGUUUAAAAUAGAAAAGAGUUACUCACAUCGCAGCUUGUAAAAAUAAAUGCAAAAGAAAUGUGUUUUUUUUCCAAUUUGUGUUGAUAUUAUAAGAAAAAUGAAUUGGCCAGUGUGUCUACAUGUGCCAUUUAGAGUUUAAAGUAUAAAUAAAUGUCACUUUAUGAUAGGUGCUAAAGUAUUAAACAUAAUUUUUUUUACAUUACUUUUUAAAAGGAACAUUAAAAUGUGUUGCAUAUAUAUAUAUAUAUAUAGGUGUGACGCAUUCCCCUAUACCUAGACUGAGUAUAUCGGUUGAGAGGUUCUUCCUAUUCCUGCAGAAUAAAAGUCUCUAUAGCUCCCACCCAAACAUCAGCCUAGACUUUUGAAAGGUGAAAUAUAUUGUGUGUUUAUUGGGAAAAGCGCAAGGUUUUAUAAACAGACCCCCAGCUUGUGGUCUCUACUCAUCAUGCAUCAUGCCCUCCCAGGUGCCUCUGUGUUUAGGAGAUGAUUGAGUCAGCUCUCAGAUAAACCAAUUAUCUACUGGAUACAGAGAGCGCUUACACAAAUAACCCAAAAUACAAUGUAAAAUCAGUAAGAACCCCCACAGAUGUAGUAUCCCCAGCACCCAAUCACUGAAAAUAGGGCUCUGAUCCCAUGCCCACAGAAGAAACACCACCCAGUUAAACUUUUGAUUGGCCGCUCCAAAAGUCUUGGCUGAAAAUAGUUCCAUGUUAUAGAUCAGUAAUGGCGAACCUUUUUGAGCCCGAGUGCCCAAACCGCAAUACAUGCCAACUUUUUUUCCCUCAAAGUGCCAACAUGGCAAUUAAACCUGAAUACUGAGGUUUACGUUUAGAAAAAACUACUCGUACAGUUAACAACUUUUGUUUUAAAAGAAGAACACAACAGAGAGUUAAAUUAUACAAAUUUUAAAUAAUGAUAUAAAUUAAGCUUAUAUUAGUAUCUCCAACAAAUGCAAUACAUACACACAGACUGCUGAACACAUUCACACACCAACUGCUUAAUACAUACACACACCGAGACACAGACAGACUGCUAAAUACACACACAGUCCGCUAAAUACACGCACACUCCUGAGUACGCAGUCUGCUGAAUACACGCACGCAGUCUGCUGAAUACACACACACACUGCUGAAUACAUAAAGACUGCUGAACACACACAUAUACUGCAUUGAGGGGUGCAGUGUAUGUGUCUGUGUGUAAUGUUGUGUGUGGGGUGCUGUGGGGGGGAAAGGGUGCUGUGUGUGUGGGGGGGAAAGGGUGCUGUGUGGGUAGGGGUGCUGGGGGUAGGGGUGGGGUGCUGGGGGGUAGAGGAGGGUAGGGGUGCUGGCAGGGGAGCAGGGGUGAUGUGGCAAGAGGCAGGGGUGCCAGGUAAGGGCGGGUCCUGGUGGGGGUAAGGGCUGUGGGUAGGGGAGUAAGUGCUGUGGGUAGGGGAGUAGGGGCGCUGUGUGUGGCAGGCGCUGUGGGCAGUGGGGUGCUGGGGUAAGGGUUCUGUGGGUAGGGAGUGCUGUGGAUAGGGGAGUAGGGGUGCUGAUGGGAGGGGUAGGUGCUGGGGGUAGGGGAGGGGUGCUGGGGGUAGGGGUGCUGUGGGGGUGCUGGGGGUAAGGGUUCUGUGGGUAGGGGUGCUGGGGGUAGUGGGGGUGCUGGGGGUAAGGGUUCUGUGGGUAGGGGUGAUAGGUUAUUAAAUCAGUACCCCCCCCCUCCCUUCUUCUAACCUUUGGUGAAGGGGAGGUGGAGGACACAGCCAUCCCUGGUGGUGGUAUGCAGGACAGGAUGACAAGUCCUGCAGCUCUCCCGUCCUCCUGCGCGAUGCUGUGUGGAGCGUUGCCAUGGUAACGAGCGGCAACGAUCCACACAGCUCGCGGGAGGACAGGAGAGCUGUUUCCUCGAUCCUUCCUCCCUGCUUCCGGUCCUGCCGACACGGAAGCAGAGUAGGCGCCUGCCGUUUCGGGCAGGCAGACGCCUACUCUGCAGUGAUGGCAAACCUAUGGCCGCGUGCCCACAGAGAGGGCCCGGCGUGCCACCUGUGGCACGCGUGCCAUAGGUUCGCCAUCACUGUUAUAGAUGCAGCAUAUCGGUCUUUUACCGGGAGCUCUAGCUGCUCAGGAAAGGGGAGCUCCCCCCUGCUCAUAGGGAGCGGAUGGUCACUGAGAUGGGUAGUAACUUCCCUCCAAAAAGCACCUUCAUAGGAUGGGAAAGGGUUGAAAACAGAGAGUUAAUAUGUCUGGCUUGAGGCGCUGAGAGUAGCCGAGCUAGAGUUCCAGAGCUAAUGUCAGUAGCUCCCGCUGGAGGUGUUAUUUUUUUCCCGACUCUCUGAAGUAAGCAAAUGGGCAAGGGAAAGGGGUUUCUGGUUGGGAGGCAUGCAACUGAGGGGAACUAGGAGAGGAAAGAAAGUCUCUGGCAGUGAUUAUGGUCUUUUGGGACACAGUUCUUUACAAUAGGGAUCACCAUGUAUGGUAUCCCCCAUAUAUAAAUAAGAAAGGGUAGUAGUUAGAAAUGAGAAAAAGUGUAUAAAGAGAGGUAUAAUAAUAGAGCAGAUAUUUUGCCAAAAACCAUGGUUCAUGCAUGACGACCAUGGAACAUUCACUAAGUAGGUAGUGUGUUUCACCACAAUACAAUAAUUAUAUGGGUCAUCACAAGUUCAAUGUUGCUGCAUAAUGAAUAUAAAAACCAGCUGUGUUCAUGCAACCUCUAUAUGUUGGUUUUAAAAGGUUUUAAGCCCUUACUGAAUCCUAGGGGUCUUAUUUGGCCACACAAAUAAUAUUUAUAUCUAACCCGACAAGCUAUAUUAACCUACUUCCUGGCGUCUCUGUGGGUCUAUACACAGAGCUGGGAUAAUUAACAAAAGAAUAGCACAUUUAAAACCAAAAUAGCCGCAUUUUAAAAGUAAUCAGCAAAUCAGUAUCUAACUUUCUGAUUAGAUACAAUUGCAGUUCCCCUUUAAAAGACACUUUAGACUAUAAACAUUUCACCUCAUUGAACUGGUUGCAGUGCCUGUAGUCCUGUCCUGGCACUGUCCCUCCAUUUCGUGGUAAACUAUUUUCAAGCAUUUUAACACUGACUGAGGGUCCCUGGUCUCCUGAAUUUAUAUGGCUACAAUUCUUUGUAGCCAUAUAAAUUCAUACCUGCAGUGGUAUACCCGGGUUUUGUUACUCCUAUGGGGCCGAAAGCAGCUGCCUCAUGGGCCCCGCUGCCCACAAUAUUUUUUAUCCAUUGGGCCACCGGUGCAGCCCGGGCAACCCGGUGAGCAUUUGUCAGCAGGGGCCCGGUUGUGCGCUGUGGCCCUUUAACAGGGCCACCACCAGAAAUUCUGGAGCCCCUGACAAAGUACAAGGUCUGGGCCUCCCCCACCCCCUGGCCCGGCCGGCCUCCCCCCUGCAAUUAAUGCAGUGUGUGUUAGUGUAAUGAAUGCAGUGUGUGUGUCAGUGCAAUGACUGCAGACUGCGUGUCAGUGCAAUGAAUGCAGACUGUGUUAGUGUAAUGAAUGCAGAGUGUGUGUUAGUGCAAUGAAUGCAGUGUGUGUGUCAGUGUAAUGAAUGCAGAGUGUGUGUCAGUGUAGUGGAUGCAGUGUGUGUCAGUGUAAUGAAUGCAGUGUGUGUGUUAGUGUAGUGAAUGCAGUGUGUGUUAGUGCAGUGGAUGCAGUGUGUGUGUCUCAGUGUAGUGAAUGCAGUGUGUGUGUUAGUGUAGUGAAUGCAGUGUGUGUGUUAGUGUACUGAAUGCAGUGUGUGCUAGUGCAGUGAAUGCAGUGUGUGUUAGUGUAGUGAAUGCAGUGUGUGUGUUAGUGCAGUGGAUGCAGUGUGUGUGUGUUAGUGCAAUGGAUGCAGUGUGUGUGUCAGUGCAGUGAAUGCAGUGUGUGUGUUAGUGCAGUGGAUGCAGUGUGUGUGUUAGUGCAGUGAAUGCAGUGUGUGUGUUAGUGCAGUGGAUGCAGAGUGUGUGUUAGUGUAGUGAAUGCAGUGUGUAUGUGUUAAUGUAGUGGAUGCAGUGUGUGUGUUAGUGUAAUGAAUGCAGUGUGUGUGUCAGUGUAGUAAAUGCAGAGUGUGUGUCAGUGUAGUGAACGCAGUGUGUGUGUUAGUGUAGUGAAUGCAGUGUGUGUGCUAGUGUACUGAAUGCAGUGUGUGUGUUAGUGCAGUGGAUGCAGUGUGUGUUAGUGUAGUGAAUGCAGUGUGUGUGUUAGUGCAGUGGAUGCAGUGUGUGUGUUAGUGUAGUGAAUGCAAUGUGUGUGUUAGUGCAGUGGAUGCAGUGUGUGUGCUAGUGCAGUGAAUGCAGUGUGUGUUAGUGUAGUGAAUGCAGUGUGUGUGUUAGUGCAGUGGAUGCAGUGUGUGUGUGUUAGUGCAAUGGAUGCAGUGUGUGUGUCAGUGUAGUGAAUGCAGUGUGUGUGUUAGUGUAGUGAAUGCAGUGUGUGUGUUAGUGCAGUUAAUGCAGUGUGUGUGUGUUAGUGCAGUGAAUGCAGUGUGUGUGUUAGUGCAGUGGAUGCAGUGUGUGUGUGUGUUUAGUAGUGUAUGCAUGUAAAUGUAAUAACUGUUAUUCCCCCCUCCCUGUUUCUUACCUGGUUCUGGGAGGGGGGAGAUUCCAUGAUCCCUGGUGGUCUGGUGGCAUUGUGGGGCCCCCCGGCUCCCUAUAUUUGCAGAGGGGGCCCAGCGGACUGCAGCUGUACUUUACAUCAUCGCUAUAUAUAGGUGCAGAAAGUAAUUGUGAAAGCAGUCCGGACCCCCCAGGACUGCCGGGCCCAUGACAACCUGCGAGAUGUGAUGUGCGCACCGCGCGGAGUGUUGCCAUGGUAACCCAUGGCAAUGCUCUAACGGCCGCACGUCUCGCAGGAGUUAGAGCGAGGGAAAUGCUGUAAAGUACAGCUGCAGUCCGCUGGGCCCCCUCUGCAAAUAUAGGGGAGCUGGGGGGGGCCAGCGGCUGCACCUAUAGAUAGCGAUCAUCGCUAUCUAUAGGUGCAGAGAGUAAUUGUGAAAGCAGUCCGGGCCCGUGAAAACCAUUAUGGUUGUCACCCCCUGAUGGCGGCCCUGCCCUUUAACAACGUGACUGGGCCCCUUGCUUCUCGGCAGAAUGGGAGGAAGUGACUGCUGUGAGUCACUUCCUCCCAGAGAAAACCGAGCUGUGCGGGAGGUCGGACUAGGGAGUGAGGAGGGGGCUGGAAAACCAGAACCCAACUCCCUCUAUUCUCAGGCACCACACUGGACGCCAGGGAACCCACCAUCCAGCAAAAGGUAGGAAACUGGAGGGUGGAUUUACAAAUGUAAAUAUUGCGUGUCAGUAUGUAUGCUAGUGUCUGUGUGUGUGUGUCAGCAUGUCUCUCAGUGUCUGUGUGAUCAUGUCUCUCAGUGUAUGUGUCUGUGUGUGUGUGUCAGCAUGUCUGUCAGUGUAUGUGUCUGUGUGUGUUUCAGCUUGUCUGUCAGUGUAUGUUUCUGUGUUUGUCAGUAUAUCAGUGUAUAUGUAUCUGUGUAUUUGUCAAUGUGUGUGUGUCUAUGUGUCUGUCAGUGUAUAUAUCUGUGUUUGUCAGUAUGUCUGUCAGUGUGUCAGUAUAUAUGUCAGUGUAUGUGUCUAUGUGCGCCUGUAUGUCUGUCAGUGUAUGUGUCUGUAUUUCUGUCAGUGUUCAUGUCAGUACACGUGUCUGUAUGUUUGUCAGUGAGUGUGUAUGUCUCUGUGUGUUUGUCUUUCUUUCAUUGUAUGUGUCUGUGAGUGUCAGUAUGUGUGUCAGUGUAUGUGUCUAUGUGCGCCAGUAUGCCUGUCAAUAUGUGUCUGUAUGUCUGUCAGUGUAUGUGUCUGUCAGUAUGUCUGUCAUGGGACUGCAGACACUAUAACUACUUUAGAUGAAGUAGUUAUGGUGACUACAGUGUUCCUUUAAAUGGUUCAGAUUAUUUAAUUUUCUAAAUGUAACCUGGAGGUGCGUGGCAUGUAUAUUGCAAUGUUAUCUCAAUGUUCACUUCUAUAUUUAUAAACCUAAAAUUUUUCAACAAGAAUUUUAUAAGCGAUAGACUGUUACAAGCCACAGACCUUUAAAUCAACAUAAAGUAAGCAGCAAGGCAGUAUACGAAAAGGUUUGAGUAGAAUUAUAUAAGUGAUAUAUGAAAUGAGUAGGGGAAACCGCGCCCAAAAGUAUGUGUACAGAAAUUAAUACAUACAUAGAUCUUUUAAAGUUGUAUACACAGUUGACCUCAAAGAUAAAAAUGACAAAAUAAAUAAUAGUGCAGUACAGUAGGUACAGUGAUUAAGUGGUGGAUUAACUUGUGUAGUUUUCACUCACAUUUUUUUUUAGCUAAUUCAGAGCUUGGCUGUAUUGCGCAUGGACGGAACAAUCCCCUUGUAAGGAAAAAUGAUUAUAUGAACGUCUCAGGUGCCUCAAAUAAGGUGCAGUAUGCAGAACAUAUAUAGGAGUUAAAACAAAAAAAAGAUACUCCAAUGGUGAAGUAAGUACUGGUAGAUAUUUGAAUGAAAAAUUAAAGUAGUGUACUUACAUUUACCAGAGCAGAACUUGCUCUAGUAUAUACAACAUGGGUAUAUACUAAAAAAACUACACAAGAUUAUCCACCACUUAUUCACUGUACAUACUAUACUGCACUAUUAUUUAUUUUGUCUUUUUGUAUCUUUGAGGUCAACUGUGUAUACAACGUUAAAAGAUCUAUGUGCGUAUACAUGUCUGUACACAAACUUUUGGGCACAGUUUUCCCAUCCCCUUUCAUAUUUUACUAAUUACAAGGUUUGGGAAUCCUUGAACCAGUUACUGCAGCCCAUAUCCAUCCUGUGUUAAAUACUAUAGUGAGUGCCUAUUUCCUUCCUUUUUUGACGUUAAAUAGACAUCCCUUUAUCCCACUCCACACCUGGUAUCUUUCCGUUACGACUCCCAGUUUUUUUUCUGCCAUUCCUACUCAUUUGAUUCUAGGCAUUGCAAUGGUGACAUUUGGGUACAAUUUAACCCAGUUUGCCUGUAUAGCUCAAGAUAUCAUAGAAGAUGAAUUCUAUUUGUUAAUUUAUGUUUUGCAGAAUAAAUUAGAUGACACAAUAAUCAUCUUCUUGCCUGAUGAUUGAAGGAUCUGACAGUGAAGUAAAAGUAUAUUUCCUUUCCUGCAUUAUAUAUGUUCCCAUCGACUAGUAGAAAAAUAAUCUUAAUGAAGUCUCACGUCAUGCUGUACAUCAGGUGUAGUCAAACAUCUGUGGUUCACGUACCACUCCAACUAUUCUAUGUCAGGAAUGGUCGAUCUUUAUAACAGUUGAAGUCCCCCAUAAGUAUAAAGUCUCAGCUUGAAACCCUGUAUUUUUUCAUAGCAUAUUUUUGAAAUCUGAGAAAGAAAAGAAUCACCGGCAAAGUAUAAUCUGCAAGUGCUAAUAUUAAAGAAAGUGUGUUAGACUAAAAGGUGACAGAGAAUGGAAUGAAAUGGAAUAUAAAAUAUAUAGAGAGUAGCAUAAUGUUCAGUAAUUUUCUCAGGGGACUGUGUUAGUCAUCACGUAUUCAGCACUAACACUUAGCCUGUUGUAUAGUUCACUACCUCAGGCAGAACUGUAGGAAAUUGCAGAUGAUUCCAGUUCCAGGUUGUGUCUUGUGUAUCAUGUUCUUCUGAUAAGUGAAUAUUAAUCUGCCCCCUCAUUCGAAAUGGUUUAUAAACUCUUUAUAUGUAGUAAUUUAUCAUAUCCAGGUUAUAAGCACAGCACAAUGCCCCUACACCAUGUAGUUUAGUAAAUAGCUGCGCUCUAUAUUUAUUAAAAUCAUCUAUGGUGAGAUGAGUCAAAUCUCGGGUUCAAAGUUAACUCUUUACUGAAAUAAAAUAGAAAAUCCGUAAACAUCACAUAACAAAAAACAAAAACAGAUUUAUCAUAAGUAAGGUUUCUAUUUCAUUUUCUGGUGUCGGGAACAUGACAUAUGUUAAUAUAUAUGUGCUUAAAAAUUGCAAAACGUUUAUUUAUUAGCAUAGAUGGACAACUCAACCAUGUGCAUUUUAGUGUCCAUCAUUGCUUGAAGAGUCAGAGGCUAUUUGUAAAAGAUUUAUUGCAAAAAUAAUUUUAGUGCUCAUUGCAAGCCUUCAGAUUUUGUAUGGAUGAACAGUGGUGUAAAAUAGGCUAUUGAUCAAGGCAUCGUGGUGUGUGAGAUACCUUAUGGCUUUUGCAACAAAUAAUACAUUUAGCUUUUUGCUAGUUGUUCAGUAUAUCCUGGGGUGUAGAUGUCAUCACACAUUUUAUAUGAGGCCAAUAUCAAGGAAUACUAUAGUCCUCAAAACAACUUUAGGGUAAUGAAGCAGUUUUGGUGUAUCCAGCCGUAGUCACACCUCCCUGCAUGUUACUGACACAGCCUUACUAAACACUUCCAGCAAAGAGAGAUCUAAUAGAAACAUAGAAUGUGACAGCAGAUAAGAACCAUUUGGCCCAUCUAUUCUGCCUAAUUUACUAAAUACUUGUGUAACCGCGUCUGGUUCCCUUAUUUACCACUAUAAUGUCUUAAAGCAUAGAACUUUGUAGGGCUAACCAUACAGAUAUCUAAGCCAUAAUUUUAUAUAGUUAGUAAGAGAUCCUCUAUUUAACAUAUAUAAAUAAUUGAGAAUACAAUAUAAAAUAAGGGUUGUCUUGGAAGCAAUAAAGUUUUAUCUUUUUGAUAUUUAUUAUAUAAAAAUAUAAAUAUAGACAUAUGAAAUCCAUUAUAGCAGAGUUUAUAAGAUUAAACUAAAUGCUUGCAAAUAUCAUUAAUAGGUUAACAUACCUUUCUGAACAUGUCAUCAUGUCAGCCUCUCUGUCAUUUUAAGACUCUUAUCAAUGUCUGUCUGUCUCCAAGUUUCUCCUCUGUGUCUUAACAUUUUAAAAGUACACCUAUUUAUACCUUAGGUGUCGUCAUUUUAGGGUCACCGUAGUUCAUAUAUGAAAAAGUAACACUUCUUUUACUUUAUUCAUUUUAGGACCUCCCUUAAUUUGGCAAACAUACAAGGCCAUAAAUAAAGGGUGCAUACAUCAUGGAAAUUUUCUUGACUUAGUUCAAGAUGGCAUCUUAAAGUCUGAAUAGCUUAUCUGUUGUUUAUAGUAAGACGUAAGUGCAUAGUCGUGGGAGAUUCCCGGAUUUGAGGAAGUUCCAUUAACUUGGGGUUACCACAGUAUAUUGUGUACUGAAAGAGUCGUAGUAUAGCCUUGAAGCUUGUUUAUGCAUUAUUGUUAUUGUAAUCGUCUGGGAUAAAAUGGCGCAAACAUAUUAUGCACUGAGGGUAUUGCUUAAAGAAACAUCUAUGAAAAACAAUAUGUUCCAUUUCUAACACCUUGUCAAUUUGCAAUAUCUCUUAAAGACAAAGUACACAGUUUAAGAAAUACAACAUUUCAUUCUAAAACUUGUAAUAUUUGCAUUUGCCCAUAACACUUGUCACGGCCACCGGCUCGCCAUGUGCGUCCGUGCCCAACCGGCACGACCGCACCAACUCACUGAGCUUACCUGCUCAUCGGCGAGCCGGGAACCGCUCCUCCACGCCGCUCAGGGAAAUCCAAGAUGGCGCUGACCAUGAGGUAGCGUCCAUCCAUGGCUCCACCCCCCAAAAUUAUACGAACGUGCGCGUGAAGUCACAACGUCAACGCACGCGCACGUUCUGGGGUCAGAGGUCACCCUCUGACCAAUCAGAGCUUAGAAAGGGAUAUUUAAAUCCCUAAUUCACCCCAGUACCUUGCCCUGUCGUGGUUUCUCGUUCCUGGUUUCCUGAGAGUGCGUUUUUCCUUGUGAUAUUGAUAUUCUGGUAUUCUGAUCUUGGCUAUUCCUGGUUAUUCCGAUUUCUGGUUCCCCUGACUUAGCUUGUUGAAAUGGUAUUGUGUAUUUCUGGCUUCCUUGACCUCGGUUUUCCCUUUGACCAUUCUCUGUCUCCAACGUAUUAGUCCGGCCAUUCUAAGGUCCGGUUUACCUUCUAUCUUAUCCUUUUAUUUCCUUUCUUAUUUCUUUGUAUAGGUUUACAUAGUUUCUGCGUGUUGGACCACACUAGCAGCCGUGACAAUACUUUUACUUGUCUCUUAUAUCUAGGAUACCCUUAUGCUUAUCCCACACAUGCUUAAAUUCCCUCUCUGUGUUAACCUCUACCACGUCAGCUUUUGGAUAUUAUUUUUAAACCUUUGUCCCUCUAAUUUAAGACUAUGUCCUCUUGUUGUGGUAGUUCUUCUUUUAAAUAUAGUCUCCUCCUUUACUGUGUUGAUUCUCUUUAUGUAUUUAAAUGUUUCUCUCAUAUCCCCCCUGUGUCGUCUUUCCUCCAAGCUAUACAUGUUAAGUUUAUUUAACCUUUCUUGGUAAGUUUUAUCCUGCAAUCCAUGAACCAGUUUAGUAGCCCUUCUCUGAAUUCUCUCCAAAGUAUCAAUAUCCUUCUGGAGAUACGGUCUCCAGUACUGCAUACAAUACUCCAAGUUCUGUACAAUGGCAUGAGUACUUCCCUCUUUCUACUGCUAAUACCUCUCCCUAUACAACCAAGCAUUCUGCUAACAUUCCCUGCUGCUCUAUUACACUGACUGCCUACCUUUAAGUCAUCUAAAAUAAUUAACCCUAAAUCCAUUUCCUCAGAUGUUGAGGUUAGGACCCUUAUCAAAUAUUCUAUUCUAUGCCCUUGGGUUUGUAUGUCCAAGAUGCAUUAUUUUGCACUUAUCCACAUAAAUGUUCUUAUUGCACUGUUUAAUUUAGAAUUUCUUAUCUCCUAAUCUGUUAAUAGCCUUUUAAACAUUGCAGGAGGCUCUUGUGUACGAUUAAAGUUCAAAUGACAAAGAAGGAGAUUAUAGCUUCUAAAGUAAGUUAUGAUCUGAUUGGAAAUUAAACCAUUUUUUUCUCAUGCAGGCUAUGUGAGUUACAGCCAGGGGAGGUGCGUCUAGGGCUGCAUAGGCAGAAACAGAGGUGAUUUAACUCCUUAGAAGCAGAAAAUUGUGCAGUGAGGCUGCAGGGGCAUGAUCUAUACACUAAGACUGCUUCACUAGGCUAAACUUGUAUUAAUGCCUAUUGCAGGGGUAGACAAUCUUUGGCACUACUUCUCCCAUGAUGCCUUUUCAGCAUUACAACUGUAAGUUGAUGAUGGGAGAAGUAGUCCAAAACAUUUGGAGUGCAUAAGGUUACCUAUCCCUGACCUAUAGUAUCCCUUUAAUCUUUAGAGCACAGAAUAAGAUGAUCACUUUUCUUUCUUUAAGUGACAAAUGUCAAACAAGCAUAUCGUAUGUAUGUUGAGUACAGAUAUGAAUAAAAGACAACUCCAGGCACCAUAGCAACGUCAUCUUAUUGCAGUUGUUGUGGAGUCUAGAAGACAUGGGGACUGUCUUACCUUAUGAGGUUAAACCGUUUUAGAACGUUUUAAUCGCAAAAUCAAUUUGUAUUCUAAGUCCUAUAAUGGACUACUUUUCCCAUGAUGCCUUGCCAGAAUUAAGACUGUAAAGGAAUGAUGGGAGAUGUAGUCCAAAACAUUUGGAGUGCCGAAUGUUGCCUAUCCCUGACCUAUAGUAUCCCUUUAAUCUUUAGAGCACAGAAUAAGAUGAUUACUUAUCUUUCUUUAAGUGACAAACGUCAAGCAAACAUAUCUUAUGUAUGUUGAGUACAGAUAUGAAUCAAACACAACUCCAGGCACCAUAGCAACUUCAUCUUAUUGCAGUUGUUGUGAAGUCUAGAGGACCUGGGCACUGUCUUAUCUUAUGAGGUUAAACCGUUUUGGAAUGUUUUAACCACAAAGUCAAUUUGUAUUUAAAAUCUCAUAAAUUUCCAAAAAUAAUUAUAUGGAAUAAUUUCUAUUUCUUCCAUUUUAGUUUCCUCAAAGGAAGUUUACUUACGUCGCUCCAAGAACAACAUCCCAAAAGCAAGAAUGAGGACACUGAAGAUGAGCAUCGUAAUUGUAAGCUCAUUUAUCAUAUGUUGGACACCUUACUAUCUACUGGGCUUAUGGUACUGGUUCUAUCCUGAAAUAAUGGAAGAGAAAGUUUCGCAGUCGUUAACCCACAUUCUUUUCAUCUUCGGCUUAGUCAAUGCUUGCUUGGAUCCCAUUACUUAUGGACUUUUUACCAUACAUUUUCGUAAAGGCCUUCAGCGCUACUGUAAAGGAGGGAGGACGCCAGACCCUGACACUAGUUCAACAGUGACUGGCUCCUUCCGCUGCUCAAUAUCCUCAUUUCGUGCUAAGAAAAUGAUGGUUUUGAAUCAAGAACUGCAAGGAAUACAGGCUUACAAUGGAUUGUCGUUUAACUCAGAAAUUAGGACAAAUGGCCUAAACAGCAGCUGUCUGUGA